AUGGGAAAGCUCAUAAUCCUGGCCGGCGCCCCCGAGUCCGACCGGCUGGACUGGAGCUCUCCUGACCUCCUCCAGACCUUCCAGGACUCCAUCGCAGCUUUUGCCCUCCUCCAACCACAGACGAAACCAGCUGUAUCCUCCACAGCCACAUCAGAUCAGGACAAAUCACUCCUGGACCUGGCCGUAUGGCGCUCCUUGCCCCUCAAGCGCUCCCAUGUCCCCACGGGCUUCUCCCAGCAGCAUGAUCUGCAUAUCGUGAGCCACUUCCCCUCCAGCGCCGACUUCCUCACCACCGCCGGCAUCUCCUUCGAGGCGGCGUCCCAGGGUCUGAGCCAGGACGACGCGCAAGGCCACGAGAGCAGGCUGCUGGCCGAGUGGUACGAGCACUCGCUCGCCCAGCAUGACGACCUGGCCUCGUCGCAGCUCGUCCCGCACGACUCCCAGAACCCGAGCGGUGGUGGUGAUGAGGAGUCUUCCUUCAUAAGCGGCGCCGACCACUCCAAGUCCUCCUCGCUCACCAGCGACGAGGGAGACACGACGACAGCCCUCCCCGAGGACGGCGACGCCACCAUCGUCGUCAGGACGCCCUUCCGACCGGCUCACCAGCGCGCUGCGGACCACCUCUCGGACCUGGAGGACAUCCCGCCCGCCAAGUACCUAUUAUCGAUCCAGCCACAGACCAUGGCGGUGACGCUCAUCGCGGGCAUCAUCAGCAUCGCUGCGCCGCGGACUGUCGAGACCCGCUUCGGCACCACCAAGACGCUGGUCGAGGUGCUGGUCGGCGACGAGACCAAGUCGGGCUUCUCAGUGACGUUCUGGCUGUCCGCGGCCGAGUGCGGCGCCGGGCCUGACGCAGGGGGCCCGCUGGCCGGGCUCAGGGCCCAGGACGUCGUGCUCAUGCGCAACGUCGCCCUCAACGUCUUCCGCGGCAAGGUCUACGGCGGCAGCCUGCCGAGGGGUAUGACGGCCGUGUACCUGCUGCACCGUGGGCGGAAGCUCAGUUCCGGAGACACGGGUGGGCAUUACUCGGGUGCUGACCUGGCCAAGGUCGGGAAGGGGGCGAGGCCGUUGCAUCCGCAGUUGGAGAAAACGAGGAGGGUGAGGGACUGGGUGUUGAAGUUCGUGGGCGGUGCUAGUGGUGGAGGGUCUGCCGCUGGUACCCGUAGGUCAGCGAGGACGAGGAAGGGGAAGCAGAGGGCCGCUCCUAGGGAUUGGAAUCAGCCUCCACCCUUGGACUCGCAGUGA